AUGGGUCCUCACGUCGGCAUGAUGCCGUCUGCUGCGUCUAUGGAAGAGUUGAAGAAACCCGUGAACAGUGUGCAGAACAAGUGGAAGCUACUGCCAUAUUUUCUGCAAUUACGUGGCCUCGUGAAACAGCACAUCGACUCGUUUAACUACUUUACGUCCGUCGAUAUGCGUAACAUCGUCCGGGCACAGGCAAAUAACGUUGUACGCAGUGAUGCAGACCCUAAAUUUUUCUUACAGUAUACAGAUAUUCAGUUAGGUGCACCAUCGAUUGAUGAAGAGGCAUUUGUGAGUGCCAAUGUGACACCACAUCAAUGUCGCUUACGUGAUCGAACCUAUGCUGCACCUGUAUAUGUGAGUGUACGUUACCGACGUGGCAACAAAAUUGUGACCAACAAUAAGGUAUUGAUUGGCCGCAUUCCUAUUAUGCUACGGAGCUCUCGCUGUGUGCUGGCAGACAAGAGUGAGGCGGCACUGGCGAAGCUUAAGGAAUGUCCGUAUGAUCCAGGUGGUUAUUUCAUUGUUCGUGGUGUAGAAAAGGUUGUGCUUAUUCAUGAACAACUGUCUAAGAAUCGAGUCAUUAUUGAAGAAGACGGCAAGCACAACGUGUGCGCUAGUAUCACGAGUUCGACGCACGAACGCAAGUCGAGAACGAAUAUUUUUCUGAAUAAGGGACGCGUGUAUUUAAAGUCCAACUCAUUUGGUAGUGACAUUCCUAUUGUCAUUGUGUUUAAAGGUAUGGGAGUGGAAAGUGAUCAGGAAAUUGUGAGUCUGGUUGGUAGUGGGCCUGAUAUCUGCGACGCUGUGUCGGCCUCGUUUGAAGAAGCCUCGGACUUGAAGGUCUUUACACAGCAACAAGCACUCGAAUAUAUUGGAUCCAAGAUGAAUGCAUUGAGUAAAAUGGGUGCAACAGGUGGACGAAACCGUCGAGGCGAUGUACGUUUGCAUCAGGAUCGCAGUUUAGUCGAUGCUGCGCGCUCGGCAUUGGCCAACUUGGUGCUGAACCACGUGCCGUGCGAGAACUUUAACUUUCGUCUUAAGAGCAUAUACGUGGCACAUAUUGUACGACGCAUUGUAUUUACAGACAAGGACCGCACGCGAUUAGAUGACAAGGACUAUUACGGCAAUAAACGUCUUGAGCUAGCUGGUCAAUUGCUGUCCCUGCUUUUUGAGGAUUUAUUCAAGCGAUUUAACAGCGAUUUGAAGCGUCAGGCGGAUAUGGUGUUGAGUAAGCCGAAUCGCGCGUCGGUUUUUGAUAUUAUCAAGUGUGUUCGUACUGACACAAUCACCCAGGGUUUCUACCACGCCCUGUCGACUGGUAACUGGACGCUUAAACGUUUCCGCAUGGAUCGCGCGGGUGUCACACACGUGCUCUCACGACUGUCAUAUAUGUCAGCUCUGGGUAUGAUGACACGUAUCUCGUCUCAAUUCGAGAAGACGCGUAAGGUGUCGGGUCCUCGUUCAUUGCAGCCAUCACAGUGGGGUAUGCUGUGUCCUGCUGAUACCCCGGAAGGUGAAGCUUGUGGUCUUGUCAAGAACUUGGCAUUGCUGUGUCACGUGACUUCAGAUGAAGAACCUGCUCCGAUCAAACGUUUGUGUUUCGAUCUAGGUGUGACAGACGUUUCUUUGAGUUCCGGUGAAGAAAUCAAUCACGCAUCUAAUUACCUCGUGAUGCUUAACGGUGUAAUCAUUGGUACACACGUGAAUCCGCGUGCUUUCGUGACCCGCCUGCGUCGUAUUCGGCGUGCGGGUCUAAUAGGUGAAUUUGUGUCCGUCAUGAUUCACGAUGUUCAACGAGUUGUGUACAUUGCUUCUGACGGUGGUCGUGUUUGCCGCCCGCUGUUACUUAUCGACCCAGUGACGCACCGUACUCGGCUUACCCAACGCCACCUUGACGAAUUACGUGCUGGUGUGCGCAACCUUAGUAGUCUUAUUGUGGAAGGUUGUGUCGAGUAUGUAGACGUGAAUGAGGAGAACAAUUGUCUUGUAGCUCUGCACGAAAGUGAGAUAGGUGACCGGACAACUCAUUUGGAAAUUGAUCCAGUAACGAUCCUUGGUGUAGUGUCGGGGCUUAUUCCGUAUCCUCACCACAACCAGUCUCCGCGUAACACGUACCAGUGUGCUAUGGGAAAACAGGCAAUUGGCACAAUCGCCAUGAAUCAGUUCGAGCGUAUUGACACGCUGCUUUACACAAUGGUUUAUCCGCAGAUGCCUAUGGUGAAGACCCGCGUGUUAGAUCUUGUGAAUUUUGAUCGUGUGCCGGCAGGACAAAACGCCAUUGUAGCUGUAAUGAGUUACUCAGGGUAUGAUAUUGAAGAUGCUAUCGUCCUUAACAAAGCUUCAUUAGAUCGUGGCUUUGGACGUUGCAUGGUUUUUAAGAAAUACCAGACUAUGAUCAAAAAGUAUGCAAAUGGUUCGUACGAUCGCAUCGUGGGACCACCGGAUUUUGACAGCUUAGCUUUCUCUGGUGGCGCUGGAUUGGGCUUUCGAAAUGCCAAAUUCUCGUCGUUGGAUGCGGACGGUAUUAGUCGUGUUGGCGGCAUUGUUCACAAUGGUGCGAUAAUGAUCAACAAGGAGCAGCCGACACAGUUCAAUGACUCGGUUGAUGGUUGUGAUCCACUGGACGUUACGUACUCGCCUUCGCCAAUAACGUAUAAGGGUCCCAUUCCAGCUUACGUGGAUAAGGUUCUGCUGACUUCAUCUGAAGCAAACCAUUUUUUGGUAAAGGUGCUGAUCCGUCAGACGCGUAGACCUGAGAUUGGUGACAAGUUCAGUAGUCGUCAUGGUCAGAAGGGUGUGUGCGGCACGAUUCGUAACCAGGAAGAUAUGCCGUUUAACGAUCAAGGUAUCUGCCCAGAUCUGAUUAUGAACCCUCACGGUUUCCCUAGUCGUAUGACUGUGGGUAAAAUGAUUGAGUUGAUUGCAGGCAAGGCUGGUGUGCUUACGGGGCGUCGUGCUUACGGUACUGCCUUUGGCGAGAAGUACGGUUCAGCUGAUCACGUACUGGACUGUUCGCGUGAGCUUUUGAAGAAUGGCUUUAACUACGCUGGCAAGGACUACCUGACAUCAGGUGUUACGGGCGAGCCAAUUGAGUGCUACAUUUUCAUGGGGCCUAUAUACUACCAAAAGCUUAAGCACAUGGUUAUGGACAAAAUGCACGCUCGAGCACGUGGCCCUCGUGCUGUUCUCACCCGCCAGCCGACCGAAGGUCGCUCACGUGACGGUGGUCUACGCCUUGGUGAAAUGGAACGCGAUUGUCUUAUCGGUUAUGGUGCCAGUAUGCUUCUCAUGGAGCGACUCAUGCUGUCUAGUGAUGCUUUUAGCGCAGAUGUGUGUCAGGGCUGCCGCAUGCUGGGCUAUGAAGGGUGGUGCCAGUACUGCAAGUCUGAAGAAAAAGUGGUAAGCAUUCGCAUUCCGUAUGCUUGCAAGUUGCUAUUUCAGGAGUUACAAGCCAUGAACAUUGUGCCGAGACUGACGCUCAAGGAGUACUAA